AUGUCUGCUGGAAGAGUCUCGAGAAUACAGCGUCGUUACGAAGAAAACAUUCGGCAAAACAACAACGCUUUUUCGAAUACUAGUCGACAGCAAUCACAGCAAUCACAGCAACCAAGUUGGAGACAGAGCUUGCAACAACGACAACAAAGACUACAACAACAGCAGCAACAACAGCAACAAGAGGGCAAUGGUGAUUCUCCACAAGCCACAUGGGGAGACUCCAUGAGAAAUGGUUUCACCACUUUGCGAGAAGUCAAACCAGUCCAAGGAUUGACUUCCCUCGUAACGGAGACCAUCCCCAAGGCCACCAAUCGUGCUUGGAUGAAAUGCGGCAUGGACACAACCUGGGAAGAGUUUAACUUUGGUAAUAAUCCAUUCCAGGGAGGCAACGGUUUCUUUGAAGACUUUAAUGGUGACAUGAUUGAUGAUGAUUCUAUUGUCGAACGAGAUCCCUUUGAUUUCCCCAUCAAACCCAAUCAACCUUCUUCGAGACGAAAGGAAGAAGUUCCCACAGGUUGGGCCAACUUUAAUUCUCCUCAUUUUGAAGCCCAAGCGGUGCGAUACUAUUCUCCCACCAACGCUACCGCCACGACUGCUGGUACCAGUUCCACCAUGAAUACCUCGAUUGACGACAGUUUUUACGAUCAUGGCGAAAAGAUGUUUGAUGUCAAGGCGGUUCCCAUUACCGAAGUGAUUCCCAUUCAUAGCUUGGAACCACCAUCCGUCUUGUUGUCUCCCCAAAUGUUGGAUCCGGAUCAACCCUCCGACGAAGAACCAGAGGGUGACGAAGAGGUUCUAAUGUCUAGCAAGAGCAAGAACAAGAACAACAAGGGCUCGCCCUCCACCAAAGCAGGUCGAUUCAAUCCCUUUGGAGGUGGGUUCAGGAGUACCAAGCCUGUAGCAGUAGUAGUAGAAAAAGCAGCAGCCACCGAACAUACGAAGAAGCAAGCUCGCAAGGAAGAAGAGCGACUGCGCAAAAAGGAAGAACAACGUCUUCAAGAAAUACGGGAAGAAAAGGCCCGUGAGGAAGAACGCAUCCGCCGCAAGGAAGCGUUAUUGAAAAGAGAAGAAGAACGAUUGGCACGAGAACAAGAACGCAUCUUGCAAGAAGAGGAACGCAUGAUGCGAGAAGAAGAAGAACGCGAAAGGCGAAGAGAUGAGAGACGGCGUCGGGAAAUUGAGAUUGCCCGUCUCAAGGAAGAACGUCGGGAACGAGAACUUCGCAAACGAGAAGAUUUCGAGUUUGAACGCAUCGAACAGACUCGUCAGAAGAGUAAAUCAGACGACGGUGGUUUGUUGGAGUGGGAAGAUGUGGAACUUGGUAGUUCCUUUGAAUCUGUGGAAGUGGAUUGGCAAGGCUUUCCUCCAGCUCUAGAUCCAGCACUUGCAGCAUCAUCACCACCACGAAGACAAUCGAGAAAACGGGAGCGACGCGAGGGUGCUCCCAGAGCACCUAGAGAGCCUCGAGAAUCCAUCAAGAUUGAAUGUCCCGGAUGCCCUCCCUUGUGUUGCAGAGAUUUCUGCGCCAACCACAAAAAGUCGCUCUUCGGUCUCGUGAUUCUCUUGUUGGUGGCUGGAUUGUUUGCUGGAAUUUACUUUGCACUUGACAUGUCGGGUGCCUUGGAGGGUGUUGCCGAGGAGGAUCCUCUAAAUCCCGAUUGCGUUGCCGUCCUCGGUGGCUUUGCGAUUCCCAACGAGUCCCUGUAUCCCACGGUCCGCCUCAGCUGGGUCAUGGACAUUUCCUCCGAAGGAGCAUGGGCGAGUAUGCCAGCUCUGACGUCCAUCACCCGAACCCACUUUCAAGACAUGGUCAUUCCGACAUUGGCGGGAUGCAUGGGAACGCCACCUUCGUCCGAUGGAAGAUACGACAUUUUGAAUGGCUACGUUCGUAGUGUCCGAGAUGUCGGAAGUUGUCGGGUGGGAGAACCCCAACCAUGUGCCCGAGUCCUGGUGGACUUUGUGGUCUACGUGCGAGGAGAAUCGUCGGUACUGGAUCUGAUAUCCCACAUUUCCGCCCAAUACAACACUGCGGUUGCAGAAACCAUGGAUCAAAUGGAAAAUGUCCGGCAAACGGGGUUGGUGGGUCUCUUUGAACAACGGACUUAG